AUGAAGUUCGGCACAUCAUUCGUUCUUUUCGCCACCAUCUCAAUGAUGUUCGCUGUGGCAUACGCCGAAGAAGAGGCUCCAGAAGCCGCUGUCGUCGUGACAACAGAAGCAGCAGCUGAAGCUCCAGUCACCGGAGGAGCCGUCGGUGGAGCUGAACCAGCCAAGGAAGCUCCAGCUGUUGCUGCAGGAGAGGUUACUGGAAAGGCCGGAGGUGCUGAUAUUGAGGUUACCACUGCAGCCAUCGUUCCACUUGUCACCUCUGAUGCUCCAGUCACCCCAUCCAUUGAGACUACAACCAAGGCAUCCAACUCUCUCAUCUCCCACGUCUUCGCUUUCGGUUGCUUCUUCCUGGUCGCUCUUCAUCAAUAA